GAGAUAAACAAACGAGGAGGUACCACACACACCACAGAGGCACUCAGACUGCUCACAGACUCACAGAAACAGAGACACAGAGGGGGGAGCACUUGUGUUUUGUUCACAUCUCCAGGGGUUGGAUUGCCUGGGUGGAUCUGCAGCGUUAAACGUGAGGUAUGACUGAGACAGACUGGAGGCUGUUUGGAGCUGCUCGGAGUCGCUGAGGGGGGACCUCUUCCAGGACAGGACAGGGGAGAGAGAAGGCCAGUGACUCAGAACACUGGAACUGCAUCUUGGACUUUUUUUUUUUUUUUUAGGAGAACACCUGUAAGGACUGACAGGGCAUCCCUCUUCUCAACCUUUGAACCUCAUCUGCAUGCACAUCUGCUGGACCUGAUACUGAACCAACACCUUCCAGAUAUGAAGACUUGGAGGGAGGGAGAGAGAUAGAAAGAAAGAGAGAGAUCCCUCCAUUCCCACCACCCCCCCCCUCCUCCCCUCCAGCUCUGCUAACUCCUCCCCACCCCCCCACAGAGUGGGAAGUGUGAAAAAUCUCACUAAUGGGUGUGUUUCAGCCAGAUCUGCGGCAAUCUGUCACUCCACGGGACUAUUCAGCCUUGAUGCAUUUCAUAGCUGAGUGAAUCCUCUGCUUUGCUGGACCGCUAGUUUGGAAGUUGCCAGGGAAGCCAUAGAAACAGCAAGAGAGGGAGAGAGCAAGAGCAAGAGCACGAGAGAGAGAGAGAGAGAGAAGAAGAAGCCUGAGGGCACUGAAGAACAUAGCCUCUCAUCUUUGUCAAGAUCCAACGCAUCCACAAAUCACUAAUCGACUCCAGGGAUAUCCGCGGGACGCUUUCGCUCUCGACGUUUCCGGCGUUGUCUGAACCGGCUGGGCAGGAUAGGGCAUCUCCCGUUGAGGAGCACCGGCUGACGGUCCUCCCCUCCGACGGUCGCGAGAUGAGGUGCUGGGCGCUGGCCGUGGCCGCCGCCGCCCUGUGGGUGCAGUGCCUCCUCUCGCAGGAGGUGCAGGCCAAGAAGGAGAGGAGGCGGCAGAAGGAGACGACCCCCCAGCACACCGAGGCGUACAACGGCACCCUCCUGUCCAACAGCGAGGAGCUGGACGGAGGCACCAAGCUCGCAGAGAACCAGCGCGUGGACCCUCUCGGAUCCUGGAUGGACUUCGUGAAGCGGCCGGUGGGAAACUUCCCUGCAAAGUGCAGAAAGAGGAAGAGACCCCUGCCUGGGCCCCCUGGCCCUCCAGGUCCCCCAGGGCCACAGGGGCCGCCUGGACUCCCCGGGGCAGAAGUGACCCAAGAGACGUUGCUCCAAGAAUUCAAAGACAUGAUCAGAAAGGCGACGGAGCGGCGGGCGGAGGUGGACCGGCGGACCAGCCCCAGCGCACUGCCCCCUGCCCUGAUCACCCUGGGGGGCAUGACCUCGUACAGGAGGAUAGAGGAGGCCUUCCACUGCAGACUCAGGGGGCCCGUUGUCGUGGACAAGAAAACCCUGGCGGAGCUUCAAACCUAUCAGACACCUCCUUCCAAAGGAGCUUUUCUCCGGGGGACGGGGAUGGACCUGUCCACUGGCCGCUUUACCGCGCUGGUGACCGCCAUCUACCAGUUCACAGCGAGCAUCCACAUCGACCACAGCGAGGUGAAGAAAAGCAAGAGCCAGCUGCGAGCGAGGGACAACGUGCGGGUGCUGAUCUGCAUCGAGUCCCUGUGCCACCGAUACACGUCCUUAGAGACCAUUGUUGGCUUGGAAAGCAACAGCAAGAUAUUCACAGUAUUGGUCCAUGGGCUUCUGGAACUUCAGGCUGGGCAGUACACAUCAGUGUUUGUGGACAAUGGAGCGGGAGCCUCGAUCACGAUACAGAACGGGUCAGAUUUCAGUGGCAUGCUAAUCGGCGUAUAGCCUCCUCCGUCCUGUUCGCACCCGGGACCUCCGCUGCUUCGCAACGCGCCACUGGCAUCUGCGGACGGACACUGUGUGCGUGUGGCGGUACCUGGGGGGGAGAUGGACUGGUGGGACAUUCCUGUUGACAAGACAAAAGCAACAACACCCUGGGUCUCCCGUUUUCAAGUGGACAAAACGCCCAAUAUUUAUUAAAACCGCAACAGAACAGUGUGAAAUUCACCUGCUGUCCUGGAGGCCGUUGAACUGGACGCUACACGGACCGGACGUCCUGACCGUUGGGGCACAGACACAGACGACAAAUAUUUAUCCUGAUGCGCCAUCUUACACUGUCUGCCUCCCGCCAUAUGGAGUGUAACAAGUGGAGGUCCUUAUACUCACUCAACAAACAAGUAUAGCUUCUAUUGGCAUUCCAGGAUGCAGGCUUGUCUAACUUGACGCGAAAGUCAGUAUUUAUCAGAGUUGUGUGUUACACACAUUUUGCCUGGUGGACCUGGUGCAGUUUCCUCAGCGAGGCUAGUGGGUGAUACGUGUGAAAACAUUUAUAAUAACAGUGCAGGGUUGCUAGGCACAUUGUAUUUAAUCCUGCCGUCGUUAUGCAUUCAAGGUGUGCAUGAACAGAAAUUUGCAUUUGAUAUAUUCUGCCUGUAUCUAAAACUGCAUUCUUUAUUCAGUGUGUGUGUGUGUGUGUGUGUGUGUGUGUGUGUGUAAAACAUAGGUGUGGAGCUCAAAGAAACUGUUGAAAAACAGAACAAAAAUAAGACCAACCCACAUACCUUUAUAAUACCUUGAAAAUGUGCUUCAUGAUGGUGAGGUGAUUGGAAGUCUAAUAUCUGCCAUCACACGUAGAAACAGCUGCCAAAUCCUAAUCCUACGCAAAGAGACCAAGCAAGUCAAAACACUGAGGAAACAAGGAUUAGUUGAAAUAACCAUGGCAACUAAAACCAUUUCUUGUUGCAACCCAUUAUAUUGUCUAGAGAGCUCGAAGCUAAUUCAGGGCACACCGUUAAGUGUUACUGGUUUCAGUGGAGAAUUUAUUAAAAAUACUGGGCAGAGGUUUCCACUGUUAUUCAGUAAAACAGAACCAGAGACACUUAAACCUGACACACCUGAAGUCUAUUUUGCUACUUCCUACACUGCACAAAUUGCUAAUAUAAUCUGGGUACAUCGGUCACUUAACAAUACAGUGCAAGCAAAUAUUUAAGAAAAGGUAUAACAAAUCACAGAAAGCUGUUUUAAUAAAUAUAAAAAUCAGUGCACCUGCUUAUAAAUAUAUAGAAAGGCCGCAGGGUGUGAUGUCUGUAUAUACGCGGCCAUUUUGUGAUCAGUUUAUCGUUUUGUGUUCAAGUGUAGAAAAAGUUUAGUGCAGUUGUAUUUGCUUUAUUUUCUUUAUAAUGCUAAUGUAAGUUCUUACUGUGUUUUUCUUUUCUAUAAAUUAUAUAGAUUAUAUUGUCUAUAAAUUAUGUUCAAUAUUUUCAGACAGAUAGUCACGUGAGUAACGCUAUAAAAUUUAAGCAGAUCUAUAGUAUUUAUGUUAAUGAUGUUUUUAGCAC